AUGGAUUCACACUCGACGAACAGUGUUAUUGAUACGCUGCACUUCAGCGUCCCACCGGUACUUCUGAUCUUUUACUCCCUCGCAUCAGCAUUUCCACAGAAAGGGACAGCAUCGCCCAAGCCUUCGACAUUAUUGCGAUGGCUCACGGUCUUCUCCCUCCUCAUCCCCCUCUCCUACGUCGCAAACGCCGGUCUCGUUAUCGCACGAGCUCUCAUCAAAAAGGGAUGGUGGACAACCCAGUCAACAGUAAUCUACGUCAUCUCUCUCACAUUCAUCAGCGGUAUGCUCACGCUCUCUCUCCUUGCCGCUGCGUCCCGCGGAACAGAUCAACUCCGCCCCGCGGUCUGGGGAAGUUAUCUGUUGAUUGUUGCGAGUGAGGCGGUGAUCGUGUUAUACGAGCCGUUGCCGAAGAGGAAUUUGUGGAGGGGUGCGUGGUGGGGAAUCAGCGUUUUCAGGAUCGUGUGUAUCAUCUUGUGUGGGUCUCUGUGGGCACUUUUGCGUUCGAGGGUGGGUCCUUCUGAAGAUAGUGCAGAGGAGCCACUCCUCGGGGAUGCAGCGAGCAAUGGUACCCGCACAUACGGCGCGACCCCCUCUGGAACCUCAACGCCCUCGCAGAACGGAAACGCCAAGAAGCCCGAGACUGCGGCCGAGAAGACGAAGCAGAAGGAGGGAUGGUGGGCCUACGUCAAAUCCUUCUCUGUCCUCCUUCCCUACCUCUGGCCCCGCAAUGACGUCAAACUCCAACUCAUCGUCAUUGUCUCAUUCAUCCUCCUCCUUCUGCAACGCUGGGUCAACGUCCUCGUGCCUCGUCAACUCGGUAUCGUCACCGAUGAGCUCAGUGAGGAAAAUCAUGGAAAGGGGAUGUGGACCUCCGUCUUGAUGUAUGUGUUGUUCCGAUUUUUGCAGGGGAAUAUGGGAGUGUUGGGCGCGGUGCGAAGUGUUAUUUGGAUUCCGGUGUAUCAGUAUACCUACCGUUCGUUAUCGACGAGUUCGUAUGAGCAUGUUAUGUCCUUGUCCUUGGACUUUCAUUUGUCGAAAAAGAUUGGGGAGGUAUUGCAGGCACUCUCGAAUGGAACAUCGAUCAACUCAGUGUUGGAGCAGGUCUUGUUCCAGAUUGCGCCGACGAUUGUGGACUUGUUGAUUGCAAUUGCGUAUUUCUCUGUCAAGUUCGACGCGUAUCAGUCAUUUGUUGUGGCGUGCGUUACUGUCUCCUAUCUUUACUUUACAGUCAAGAUCACGGAAUGGAGGACGGCUGUUAGGAGGGACAUGGUCACGAAGAGUCGGGCGGCUGCUGCGAUCAAGACUGAUUCUGUGUCGAACUACGAGACUGUGAAGUAUUUCAACGCAGAGGACUUCGAGUUUGACAGGUUUAGGGAGGCGAUCAGGACCGUGCAGAAAUCGGAGUACACGGUCAUGUCUUCCCUCAACGCGCUCAACGUAACGCAGGGAUUGAUCUUUACGCUCGGUAUCCUGGCUUCUUGUCUGCUUUCUGCGUACCGCGUGAGCCAGGGUAAGGAUACUGUUGGUGAUUUCGUCACUGUCUUGACGUAUCUCGUUCAACUCCAACAACCGCUCAACUUCUUCGGUAUGUACUAUCGCUCUAUUCAGCAGAAUUUGGUCGAUGCGGAGCGUAUGCUUGAGUUGUUCAAUCAAAAGCCGACGGUUGUUGAUUCGCCCGAUGCGCAUGACCUCGAACUGAAUGAGGGCGGUGAAAUUGUGUUCGACAAUGUCCAUUUCGCGUAUGACAAGCGUAAGGCUGCGUUGAUUGGGUUAAAUUUCCAGGCGAGGGCUGGUGAGACUAUUGCUCUUGUUGGUGAAUCAGGGGGCGGCAAGUCCACCAUCCUUCGUUUACUUUUCCGCUCCUAUGAUGUCGACUCUGGAUCCAUCACGAUCGAUGGUCAGGAUAUCCGUGAUGUCACUCUGAACUCGUUGAGGAAGCACAUCGCUGUCGUCCCCCAAGAUUGCGUGCUGUUCAAUGAGAGUAUCAUGUACAACGUCCGUUACGCGAAGCCCGAGGCGACGGAGGAAGAGGUUUAUGAGGCUGCGAGGGCGGCACAGAUCCAUGAGAGGAUUCUGAGUUUCCCGGAUAAGUACGAGACGAAGGUCGGUGACCGUGGGCUUCGCCUAUCUGGCGGUGAAAAACAGCGUGUAGCAAUCGCUCGUGCAAUCCUCAAAGACGCGAAGAUCAUCCUCCUCGAUGAGGCUACUUCAGCCCUGGACACCACCACCGAACGAGAAAUACAAUCAGCUCUCGCUACUCUCCGUCAAGGCCGUACAACUUUCACUAUUGCUCACCGUCUCUCCACCAUCACCGAUGCGGACAAGAUCUUGGUGUUGCAGAAUGGGCGGUUAGUUGAGGCUGGGGGUCACGAUGAGCUGAUUUUGCAUGGGAAUGGGACAUAUAGGAGUAUGUGGGAGAAGCAGAUUCGGGCGGAGAAGGAGAGGGCGAGGAAGGCAGAUGAGAAGGUUGAUGAGGCGGAGAGGGGUUUGUUGGAGGAUGCGGGGGAGGGGAGCGGCGAAGGGAGUGGAAGUGGGACGCCGGCUGUGAAGGCGGCCGAGAGCGUCAAGGCCCCGGUCGAGGCUGAGACUUCAUCCGAGCAACCACGGCCGUUCAUUCAGCUCACCGAUAUUGAACCCACAUCAGUACCGCAACCUGUCGCUGAGGAAGCCGAUGCCAACCCGGCUUCUCCCGCGGGAAACGCUGCCGCAGUUUUGGAGCAAGCAGGUCUAACUCUCACCGAGGACGGCGCCGUCGCCGAUCCCAAGGACCUCGAUGCGGCUCACGAGGAGGAUUCUGAGCCCGAGGCUCCCGCUCCGAUUGAGACGGAGGAUGUGGGCGGGGAAGAGGGACCGGCGGGGGAGGCGGCCGCGUUGCCUGGAGCGCCGGUCGUUCCGGUUGUACCUGUUCCGGAAAGGGCUGGGGUUGAAGCCGAUGUCAAGGAUGCGCAGACGCAACCGGAGCAGGCGGAGGAGACCGAGCCUUCGCGUACGGUCAGUCUACUCAGAAGCCUCCAGCAUGGGUCGUCAACCGAGUCCCUUGAAAGUUUGAAGCAGAUUGUUUUUGAAACACAAUCAAAUGCGAAUCUGAGGGAGCUUCUGGGUGAGGAACCAAUGGUGUGGAGUAACCUCGUCGCUGUUGUGCAAGGUACCAGCAUCACCUCAGGACAGGAGUCAUCAGAGACCAUCAAGAACUUUUUGACUUUUGCAAGAAAUCUCCUUGCCGCUGGUCAACAAGCCCAGGACAAUGCUGGUAAUGCCAACCUUGACAAAACUGUUGAGAGUGUCUUACAAGCCUGUUUGGCAAAUGCGGAUAAUGCAGCUUUGUCAAAUCUCAUUACAACAUCCCUGCAAGUCCUUUCAAACAUGAUUGCAGGCAAUACUCAGCAGAAGGAGCGAGUGUGGAUGAAUUGGGUUGCUUAUGCUGAUGAAAAGUUCAUGAAUUCUCUAUUUGCGUUCUCCUCAAAACAGGCUAUUCUGCCCUUGCUUUUCUUCACCUGGAACUGCAUUUCAGAGAAGGCAUCAUUGCGAGACACGUUGCUCAAUACUUCUUCUGGGAAGGCACUCCUGCGCCAGCUUUCCAUGAUUGCCGACGAUUCAUUUGAGGAAUCUCAACCAGAAGCUUUUGAGCUUACAUAUUACAUCAUUGCAUCAGUCAUCAAGAAUGGUGGAUUUGAGGAGCUCUACGCUGUUGCCAAGAGUGACCAUUAUGUCUUGUCAGAUCCGCAGCUCAAUAUCUUGAAGAUCGUGGAUGCAAUGUUGGAUUCAGAGCAGAUUGACUUGACGCAACAACCUCAGUUCCCGAAGUCCUUGGUGAAGGUUUUCAAGGCCGUUGCAGACCGAUCCUCAUUCCUCAUGAAGGCACUGAAUAACGAUCAGUCAACAAACACAUCAAACGAGAAGAUGGAUGUAACAGAUGCGACAUCAGUUUGGACUGGUGUUGUUCUAUUGUUGCAAACGUUGACGCACUUAUGCUCUGACACAUCCGCAAAGGAGACACUCUUGAAGAAUGGGGUACUUGAGACUACCAUCGCUUUGCUUGGUGCUGCUAACACUUAUGUUCCGUGCCGGACAAUCAAGUCUUCAGGCAGUGUCUCCUCAUCGCCAUAUGACCCUACCGCUGAAGCCGACUCAAUGAAAGCAUUUGCAUUUGUCAAGCGUGAUGCAGUGAAGUUACUUGGUACACUCUGUUACCGGUCACAAUCUGUACAGGAUGAGAUUCGUCGCCUUCAUGGAGUUGAGUUGAUUCUGAGUCAAUGUAAUGUGGACGACGACAACCCCUAUCUUCGCGAACAUGCAGUUUUCUGUGUGAGGAACUUGUUGGAGGACAAUGCAGACAACCAAGCGCUGGUUGCAGAGAUGGAGGCCAUCAAGACGUUGCCGAGCGAGGCUCUUGAGGGCACGGGGAUCACGCCCGUCAUUUUGGACGGGAAAGUUAAGCUGGCGGUGGCCAAGACGGAAGCGGAGCCAGUGGAGGUGGAAGAGGAACCGACGUCGACUGAGACUGAGCCGUUGCUUAGCGGACCGCCGAGUGCGGCGGCUUUCGCAUCGUCGGGCUUGUCGAGUGGGGAACCUGCGAGUGAGGAGACUGCCCAAGGUGAAGGUGAGGAGCAGGGUCAGGAUGAGGCAGGAGCGGAGGUGUUGAGUCCUACGUCUUCGAAGAAGAAGAAGAACAAGAAGAAGAAGAGGGGAGGAAAGGGACGUUGA